GAACUAUGGGCAGUUUAAUUUCAACCUACAAAGCGAAAAGAAUUGGGGGGAGUUUACCUCCAUUAAUAUUUCCAAAAACACGUGUAUAAUUUAUUUUUGAGUUUGAAAUACCAGAAGAGUAUUUUCAAUUUGCCGGCUGUGCCAUGCGUCUCAAAGUGUUGUCUUCGUUCGUGUUUUUAUUUUUAUUUAGUUUUCUGACAAUUUCGAAUAAUGAAGUCGAAGCUUACAAAUAUCUGGGGGUCAUUCACACUGCCGCCAAAUCGCAUUUCAUUGUCGGCUCAUCGCUAAUGAAAGCCUUGGCCGAAAAGGGCCAUGAAGUUUAUGUCAUUUCACCGUUUCCCCAGAAGAAACCAAUUAAGAAUUAUCAUGACAUACCGGUGCCAUCGAUAUUGAAGGCCAUGGAGGGUGAAAUAAAUAAUUUAUUUUCCCACCACGAAAGAAGUAUGGUGGAGAAUGUUAUGAACUAUUAUAAAAUGGGCAUUAGUUGGACGGACUUGGUGCUGUCGGAACCAAAUGUCCAAGAGUUGAUGGCCAGUAAUCACACCUUUGAUGCUGUGAUUUGUGAGGUUUUCUUAUCUGAAGCCCUGUUUGGAUUAAGUGAACAUUUCAAGGCACCCCUCAUUGGAUUGGGUACCUUUGGAGCGGCCUUGUGGAAUACGGAUAUGGUUGGCUCCCCAUCACCCCCCUCGUAUGUGCCUGGCACUGGCAUGAAAUUCACCAAUCACAUGACCCUGACGGAACGUGUUGGCAACUUGGCCUUUGUGACAUUUGAUCGUCUUUUUAUGGAUUUAUAUUAUUUGCCUCGGCAGGCGGCUCUGUAUGAUAAGUACUUCCCCCAGGCCAAGAGGGACAUGUAUGAGGUGAGGCGCAAUGCCGCCUUGGUUUUGUUGAACACCCAUGUCUCGUUGGCCUUUGCCCGGCCCUAUGUGCCCAAUCAAAUUGAGGUGGGUGGCAUGCACAUUAAUAGGAAAGCGAAACCCUUGCCCGAGGAUAUUGCCAAAUUCAUCAAUGAAUCGGAACAUGGUGUUAUCUACUUUUCCAUGGGUUCCAAUUUGAAGAGUAAAAAUAUGCCUCAGGCCAAGAAGGAUGAAAUACUCAAGGCAUUCAGGAAUCUCAAACAAAGGGUUUUGUGGAAAUUCGAAGAUUCGGAAUUGGAGGGUAAACCUGAUAAUGUGCUCAUACGUGAUUGGUAUCCUCAGGAUGAUAUUUUGGCCCAUGAAAAGGUUAAGGUGUUCAUAACCCACGGAGGCCUGCUGAGUACCACAGAGAGUAUUUAUCAUCGUACUCCCGUCAUUGGUAUACCUAUUUUCGGCGAUCAAUUCCUGAAUAUGGCCAAUGCAGAGAAGCAGGGCUAUGGCCUGAUGUUGGAUUAUCAAACCUUGACGGCGGAUAAACUAACACAGGCUUUGAAUAGAAUUUUAAGCAACUCCUCAUUCCAGCAGCGAAUCAAUGAAAUUUCCGACAGAUAUCGUGACCAGGAAAUGCUACCCAUGGAAAAGGCCAUCUAUUGGGUGGAACAUGUUGUACGCCACAAGGGUGCGGAAUAUAUGCAUUGUGCGGGUUUGGAUUUGAGUUUCAUCGAAUAUCAUAAUAUUGAUGCUAUGCUGAUUUUGUAUGGCGGAAUUGCGUUUAUAUUGUCAUGUUUUGUUUACUUUGUGAUUUUAUUGAUUAAGGGCUUAGCGAAGAGUUUCAGAACGCAAACGAAACGCACAAAACAGAAGAGACAGUGAAUGGGAGAUUUUUAAAAAUAGAUUAA